AUGGCGCAAACUCAGCCUCAGAAUCCCUCUCAGUACCCCUCACAGUCCUUUUCGCCGCCCGUCUCAACGCCCUCGCCAGGCGCCGCAUCGCCAGCCAACAUUGGAGCCAUUCCUCCUCCAAACAAACGGCAGCGACUCUCACCUCUCCCACAGUCGCAAUCGCCUUACGAAUCGCCUGUUUUUGGCACCUUACAGUUGCCUCAGAAUCCGUCUCCGAUCAUGAAUGGAACCAAUAUGAAUGGCAUUUCGACACCCGGUCGAGGACCAGUUGUUCCAUCCCCUGUGUCAGUGGCGCCGGCGCCUCCAGGCUCUAUGGGCCCACCAUCUCGACCAGCUGAGAAGCCUACCGAUGCCGCUGAUCUUACAGACGUUUUGGCGCAAUCUGGAAUCGAUGUGAAGGAAGAAGAGGCCUACCUCACGCAGAGCUAUUCAGCGCCUCAGGUAACCCCACGGCCACAACCUCCCGGGCUGAAUACUUCCUUUACGUCAACUCCAUCUACUCCCGGGACAGCAUCAGCCGGGGGCAGCUUUGAUUUAUCUCAGGGACGACUUCCAGCUACGCAAGAGCAACAAGUUUACCCUCCUUACUCUGACAACGCUCCUUACAACCAGCCGACGUUCGAAGAAACUCGAGCGGCGCGAAGAUCUCAGUUUCAUCUACAGGAGCCUUUUCUUUUCACCAAGGUGCUUGAACAAAAGAUGCAGACGCGUGUUUACGAGCUAGGCGUGCGUCUGCCUACGGAGGGUCUGUAUCACCCGAUGCCUGGUUCUCGACAGCCAAUCGAAGUCACGGGCCCAGAUGGGUCCUCAAGCGUGCGGCGGGGACACACUAUCAUUAACCAAGAGGGCGCUCCCCUCGUGGAUAUAAUGUCACUCAUGUCGCUGUGUUGUGAAGAACGGUUAAGAGGCAUAGUGGAAUACUCGGCGAGUUUAUCAAAGAGCCGGCGCGCACAUUCUCACGGUGUCGUUCCCCUAGAGUGGAAGGAUUUGGCUGCACCAGCCCCCAGUUCCUCGGCUGCUGAGGGUUCCUCAAAGCGUAAUGCCCCUUGUCCGCGUGCUUCAGAUAACGAACCCAUUACCAACCCGUUGACUGACAAGUAUUUUACUUUGUCUUCAAAAGACCUCUCAACCGAGGAAGCCCGUGCAGCGAAACGGGCUAAACGAAGCGCCGAUGCUAUCAUCAACGAGACCAGCAACAGCCGAGCGCCUUCUUUGGACUUGGCUUCUGGCGCAGCGACUCCUACGCCCCAGACUCCGGCCGGGUCUGAUAGAAAGGGAAUGACUAAGAAAGAGGCGAGGAAGCAAAUAGAUGCCCGCGCAAGCGAGGCUCAACAGCACCAGCAGUCCGUAGAGACGGCUCGAAAAGCAUUGUCGAGCACGCUAUUUGGCGGCUCAAAGAAGCGGCAAUACUCGUGGCUAAACAAAGGUGCUUCUGCAAGCGCAGCCUCAUCGCCUCGACCUCAUUCUCCUGCAGUUGGCGCUACCGGGGCUGACAAGACGGAGAAGUCGCGCAGUGAUAGCGUUGCAACCCCAGCCGUAGCCCGGUUAGGCAAUUGGCGAGAAGACAAAGCGGCGGGCAUCCAGGUCCGAGACAUCCUGUUCGUGCUGGAACAAGACGGGAGGGGAUCACGACACGUCCAAAAGGCGUACAGUAGGGACCUGAAGGAGGAGCGGCUCGAGUAA